CGCAUCCACCGUGUACCCCGAGCUAAUGCAUCCAUACCUCCCCACAGUGGCGCGCGCCUCGCCCUCUCUACGCGUCACCUUGUGUUUGCUUUAAACCGGAGCGGCUUCAUCAGUGAAACAAAGGACACCUCGGGAUACACGGACGCGGACUGAGAAACACGGACGCGGACGUGGUCUACGCCGCCCGCGUAGGGGGUGCGGGGGGGGGGAGGCAGGUUGUAAAAUAGAUGAGAACUUCUUUGCUCGGGUGCGUUCCACCCGGUUCCCCCGCGUGGGUGACAGUCGUUGCCUGGCGCGGGUUGUCCUCAUUCGGAGCGACCUUGAGGCAAAAACUCCGUUGAGCACAUAUGACCGAAUCUGUGACUUUUGGCAACACUUAAACUUUACCAGGCAUCACCAGACACGUCGGUCUGAGCAGUAGGAUGGCUGCAGACUACUUUUUAAGGACGCUUUUUUGACUCUUUUUUUUUGUUGGGGGAAGAAGGCAACAUCUUUUUUCUAAUUCACAAUCCCAGUCAGUUUUCAGCCACGCGAUGGUUCAAGACUUCAACCUGUGCCACAGCGAGCUCCACAUCGACACCAGCGAGAGCCCGCUGAUCAGUGCCAUCAUGUUCGCCGCGGGCUUCUUCGGCAACGUGGCCGCCCUGGUGAUCCUGGAAAUCCGGCGGCGCAGAGACAGGAGGGCCGGGAACAUGUGGCGGCGUUCGCUGUUCCACGUCCUCAUCACGGCGCUGGUGGUCACCGACCUGGCGGGCACCUGCCUAAUCAGCCCGCUGGUGCAGAUGUCCUACUCGCUGAACAUGACCUUAGUGGGGAUGGCGCCCAAGUCUCACGGCGUCUGCGCGUACUUCGGUCUCAGCAUGACCUUCUUCAGCCUGGCCACCAUGUCGCUGCUCUUCUCAAUGGCGCUCGAGAGGUGCUUCGCCAUCGGGUACCCUUACCUGUACAACCAGCAUGUCACCAAGAAAUGCGCCUACAUCACGAUCCCCGUGGUGCUUCUGCUGUGCACGUUAUUCUGUCUCCUCCCCUUCGUCGGGUUCGGUAAUUAUGUACAAUACUGCCCCGGGACGUGGUGCUUCAUUGACAUGAACCCCCAGUUCAGGGAGGACCGGGUCUACGCCAACCUGUACGCCACUCUCAUGCUGGUGCUGGUGCUGGCCACAGUGGCGUGCAACGGCUUCGUGGUGUACCAGCUGUUCCGGAUGUACCGGCGGCGGAGGAGGAACGGCGGAUCGGUGACUGCGGCCGUCAGGUCCAACGGCGAGCGCAGGACGAUGUCCAUGGCCGAGGAGGUGGAGCAUCUCAUCCUGUUGGUCUUCAUGACCAUCAUCUUCAUCAUCUGCACACUGCCCUUGGUGAUCCGGGUUUACAUCAACUCCAUGACGAAGAACCUGGAGGAGUCCCACCUAGAGGACCUGAAGGCCCUGCGCUUCAUCUCCAUCAACUCCAUCAUUGACCCCUGGGUCUUUAUACUCCUCUCCCCCAGCGUACUGCACUUCUGCUGGGCCUCGUUUUGCCGGCCGCCCCUGGAAACGUUCAGGGGCUCCAUCUUUAGAUCAUCCAUUGCCAAAGAGCAUAACCCCGGCAACCUUGAACUGUCCCGCCCGACGCUGGAGGAAAACGAGCAUUUCCAUUCUGUGGAAACUCUAUGACCAUAACUGCGCUUUGGUUAUUUCAUGCCUGCAUGUAUUUAUUGGAUGGCGCACUGGUUGGAAGCAGAGAGGCAUCCUUCCCAUGGUGGUGUUUCUUAUCUAGUUUAUGAAUGUAUUUCCAUCAGAUAAUGGCCCUCUCUGUCUAACUUACAAACAUUUGAACCACUCCUUCCAGCUGGUGGCUGCCUGCAUCUUCAUAUUGUGAAAACUCGACAUCUUGCCUCCUUUGCUGCAUGUAUCUUUGUGUUAAUAAAAAAAGAAAAGUAAAAAAAAAAAAAAGAAGCUGCUGAUUGGAGCGGGACGAAAUAAGAGACUUCAUUCUCGUGCGAGUGCUUUUGCCUGUGUUGUUUUCAAACGGUUGGAGAAAAAGCCAGCAACAUGAGGCCUUCUCUGACUCAAACUGGAGCACUGACAUCGACAUGUUGUUUAGAAACCAUCAUAAAGUGUUCUUGCGAGGAGAAAGAAGGAUUCUUACGUGUCGACCGACAGUGGCCAUUAGCAAUCGCAGAAACUGAUUAGAAAGCAGAGCCUCCCCCCACCCCUGUUAAUCAAAUAGAUUAAGUAUUAGAAGGACCAGCACGGUAGGCUUAGAGACAUUCAGAAUUACACCAUGUCUAAUUAAGAGAUUAAAUUCUAUGAUUAAGGUUAUUGAUUUGUGCUCUCUAUGCCCAUCUGAUGAUGGGCAUAGAGAGCACAAAUCAUCAGAGUGGAUCACCCAUCAACGGGGUCAACCACAACCUCAGCCACUAAUGUUUAGCUCCAGGAUGAGCACAUUCCGACCAAUGGGGAUCAUGAUGGUCAUGUGAGACAAUAGUUUGGUGGGAUACACGUUCAUGUUAAAAUAAAGGGGACAGAAUUCUAGAAGGACGGAUUUGUGCAACAGGUAAGCGAAGCGAUGCAUUUAGAAAAAAAGAAAAGCAUACCACGAUAUGACAUUCACACAAGUGAACUAAAAUAUUUGAUUUGAAAUUUUCGGAGCAUGAUUCUUCUCUUGAUCUUUGGAACAUUAGCUCAUCACCUCUGAACUUUUCAACCACUGGUCUGCUUUGGAAACUUUUCCCCUUGCACGCCUUUCCAGAUCCCUGCUGGAAAGGUCAAAGGGCGAGAAGCCUGGAGACACUUUUUGGUGUACAAGAAAGCUUCCCCCAAGGAGGGAGUGAUGAACACAGUUAUGGUUCUGUUGAGGAUGUACUUUUCAUUUAUACAUGUACAGCAUUAGCAUAUCAUAUUAAAUAUUAACAAUAUUAUAUAAACAGUUAUGCUAUAUAAAUAUAUAUAUAUAUAUACUGUAUACAGCAAAGAACAAAUGUUUUCACAUAUAAAAUAUAUAAUGAAUGAUGGCACCCAAUUGUAGCAAACGGUGGAACUUUUUAAAGAGCAAACAAAUGAACACAUUUAAAAAAUGAUUUGAUCACAAUACUUUAAACAGGUCAGGCUCUCUAGAUGUUAAUUAUGAUUAAAAGGUGCAAUAUACAGGAUUCAGCAAACGGUUUGUUAUGUGAAGAUAUAGUCGAGUAAUAUCUAGAGAAUGAAGUCAUACCCUCUGUUGACAUAGCCGCACCUGUUUUCACUGCAUGUUAGUGCAUGUGAGCGUGCCCCACUGGCUAGCUCAUGGCUGUGCCCUGCGCUACUGCGGUGGUCGCGGAAGCGUAGCACCCACCCUCCAGCUCCGCCUCAUGCUGUUAGCUCCGUCAGCACUUAAGUCAUAGUUUGCACUGUUAGCGCCGUUAGCUGCGAGUUGCCAGCCCUGCUGAAAUGCUCUCUUUCACAGCACCUUUCAAAGAAUAAAGCUUGUUCUGUACUUAGAGGUGACAGGGACCCACAAACUAAAACAUGGUCCGAGUAUCGAGCCUGUUCACCUAUAAAAAAUGACAAUGUUUUUUGUUUUUUUCCAGCAGUCAUUUUUGACUUUUCUUUCUGUCACGUAACCUAAAAGUUUUUUGGAAACUAUGAGACGAGCACCCUUUAUUCUUACUCAUCCACUUUACGGCGGAAGUGCCAUUCGAACUGCGUUGGUUUUACUAGCGGAAAUCUUGAAAUGGUAUUUCCAAUGUGCGUCCAGGGGCCCAUUACUCACGUGGGACUAAGGACGUCCAUCUAAGAGUGCAGGUAAUAGCACAAAUGGAAAAGGUCAUGAUUUGGUGAUUUGGUGAUGAUUGAUCACUGAAAACAUGUUGAAGCAUGAUGAGACACCACUGGUUUGCUGCCACACCCACCAAUGUAUCACAAUAUAAUGAUGUCAUUUACUCAACCUAAGGUUUGUUACAUGGUGGAUUCAUUCCGGGUUCAAUUGCAACUUUUACAGCAUCUCUUCCUUGGAAAUUCAAACAGAGAAGAGAAUAUGCUGCUGCAGAUUUGUUUGCAGGAUCUUUCUCACAAAUCUCUCUCUCAAAAAAAAUAUAUAUAUAUAUUUGUGUGACUGGUUACGGCAGCAUGGGUCCAGUUCAAAUUGAAAGAGAUUGGACCUUGUAUGUUUUAAAACUGGGAGAAAAAAGAAAAGAAAUGAAGUUCUCAGCGAUCAGAAAAUGUGUCAGGUAAACUUUGGGGCUGCGACCCUUAAUUUGAAGGUGUCAUGGGUGUGUGAGAAAGUGUGUGUGUGCGUGUGCAAGUGUGUGUGUGUGUGUGUGUGUGUGUGUGUGUUGUGAGAACAGCGGUUUAUUGGCCCCACUUGUCCGCUGUUGGUUCCGAGGUUGGCAUGAAAACAUUUCGUUGUUUAUAACGGCGUCUUACUGCUUCCUGCGGUUGUCAUGCGUGAGUCUCGCACCUCACGCGAGCGUUCUGUUAUUACAAAUAUUCCCAGGUUCAUGCUGGUGCGUCCAUGUGCCUACAAUAGGUGUUAGCUUGCGUCACAGACAGAACUAAAAUGUGGUGUCAAACCAGAAUGCUCCCUACCUAGAUGUCGUCUACUCUGUAAUUAUAAAGCACUGUAGAUGGAACUGAAUGCACUGAAUGUCUA